AUGCCCGCAGAACGCACCAACUCGCGCACCUCGUUCCCAGCGAUCCAGGCGACCGCCGGACCAGCUGCGAGGCCUGCGCCGUCGCUGGGCAGAGGCAGGGCCUGCUUGAGCUGCCGCAAGCGCAAGGUCAAAUGCGACGCCGUACAGCCCGUGUGUGGACCGUGUGUUGCGCUGGCAGCGAGGACUGGACAGGACAUGUCGACCAUCAAGUGCGACUUUGACUCGGAGGAGGAGCGGAGGAAGCCAGUCGGUGGAGGAAAGGUUGCGGCGCUCGAGGCAAAGAUCGCAGCGCUCGAACGGCGGCUUGCAGAGGUCUCGUCGCCGCAAGGGUCGCCUUCGCCGACUGCGACGGGUCUGACGACUGCCUCGCGAGGCAGCACGCCGACUAUCCCGCUCAACCCAGUCCGCGACCCGACUCUGCCCUUCGACUCGUUCGCCUCGACGUCCACGUCGACCCAGGUUCUCCCGCCUCUCAACUCGCUCGUCGCGGCGACAGGCCACUACUCUGCGCUUCCUGACCAGUCUCUCCUCCAACAUCACCUCGGUCUCCCAGCGCAGCCGUUCCCAGCCCACCAGCCUUUCCCGGGUCCUCCCCCUGCAUUGCCCGGCCUCGGCUCGCACAUGCUGCCUCUCCAAACGCACGAGCAGCAGCACUAUCAUUUUUCUCAGCCGCCGACCGCUUCAAAUCCGAUAGCUGCCGUCCCUUCAGCUCUGCCACAGCCUCUCCCGCCCGCAGCCCCUCCUCCGCCUCCUCAGCAAAACCCAGAGACCUACUUCCUUCGCGACCCACCUCUGCUCCCUUUCGAUUCUGCUCCGCCGGUGCCUAGACCGGAGGGUCCGCGCCUGCCUUCCUGCACAACCCUGUCCCGCCUCGUCAACAUCUUCUUCGACGUCCCGCACGAAGCGAUCGACCUAAUCAACCGCCGGCGCUUCCUCGAGGGCUUCUCUCAUCCGCCCGACCACCCAGACUACCCCGCGAAGUGCCUCCUCCACGCAAUGGUCGCUACAGCCACGGACCUCGCAGGCGACGAGCCCUGGCAAGGCGAAGAGCGGUAUUGGCCUGAGGGACAGAGCCCGGCGGUGUAUCAUGCGGAUUUGGCGGACGUGUUGAUACCCCUCGGGUUCAGGUCAGAGUCGAAUUUGUUGCAGGUCGCGCAGGCGGCGGUGUUGUUCGCGUGCUUGAACCUGUACCACGGGCGCUUCUCUCGCGGCUACAUCGACACCGCAACCGCCGUCCGAAUCUGCACUUCCCUCGGGCUGAACCACGACCACCCCGGCACCGCCGACUUGCCCGUCGGCUCUUUUCUCGCGCACCGCACGCUCCUGCCGCCCCCGAGGGACGAGGAAGAGGCGCAGGAGAGGGCGGUCGCGUGGUGGUUUGCUUGGACUUGCGAGACGUUUUCGAUGGCUUCGACGGGCUGGGCAUGCUGCAUCGAUGAGCGAGACGUGACUGUCCUCCUCCCCGCCGCCGGACCUCGUGGCGACGACGCACAAGCCCGCGAGGCGCUCUACCUCCACAGCCCCUCCUUCUUCGUCACCAACCCGCCGCACCUCGUCCGACUCGUGCAGAUCAAUCUCAAGGUGACGGUGCUGAUGAACAGAGUUUGCACAUUUGUUCAUCGAACUUCGGCGCUGGCGAAUGCGACGCCUGAUCGGCAGCCCCUCAACCCGGCUGACUUUCCCAAGAUCCGCUCGUCACCCGCCUUCACCAAGCUCGAAGCCGCACUCGAAAACUUCGGCCGCAAAGCGCCCGCGCAACUCGUCACCCUCCUCGAGCCAGAAGCCUUCCUGUGCCCUUCGCUCGUCGCGACGAGUGUCAUACUGCUGCACGAGCGCUUCUGUACGAGCGAGGAGUGCGACCCAAGCAUGGUCAAGUGUACCGAGGCCGCGAACAAUAUCGUUGCGAACAUGCAGGUCUUGAACAGCGCCUCGUUCCACCCGCGCCAGAUCCCGCCCUUCCUCACCUUUUGCUGGGGCGUCGCCGGCCGCACCUUCCUGCGCGAGAUCGCUAUCCGCCAGCUGCGAGGCGUGUACGACAGCGAGGAGGUGCAAAGGUGGAGGGCGAGCCUGCAGGGGAUCAUUGCGAGGUUGGAGCAGACGAGGACGCCGGUUGGACCCCUCAUCGCCGCAACCCUCGCCGCCCUGCUCCGCCAGCCAGAGAUUUGCCUCCCCGAAGCAGACCUCACCGCGCGCCAACCCGGCACACGGACGAUGCGCUUGCGCAGCUUGCUCGAGAUGACGAACCCGGCGAUACUGAUGGUGUAG